AUGUACCAUCGAUAAUACUAUACCUAUUACCUUAGAUCACAUACAACAUUGUAAUUUCUCGCUAGUUACUUGUCUUGGUACAACACUUGUGUUAUUCAAAAUAUUGAGUAUUGAGCUAUUUGUGAUAGACCAUAGACGUUCAACAUUAAUUUUGCUGCUACAUGAUAUUAUUGGUGUAUUAUUAUGAAUUAAAAUAUUCAUAGCUUAAUAACUGUAUUGUCGCGGCCUCGAGUAUGAUUUGAUAGUUUUAAUAAUGUUAGUUUCUUGUUCAACUAAAUACGUAUAAGUUGGGUUGUUUAUUUAUUUUCACAUCGUUCAUAGGAUUUCUAUUGCGAAUGACUGAUUUUCAUUAGCUAAAUAUGUUAUUAAUGUUAUAAUAUUAUAUUCGUGCAACAGACGUAAAAAUGAUAGAAUAUUCAGAUUCAGAAUUUGAAAAGAAGCUAAUGCUUUUAAAAGACACUCAGGAUGCUAUUCAAUCAUUGUCUACAUGGUGCCUGAAACGACACGAACAUUACAAGAGCAUUAUCACUAUCUGGUUAAAAGCUAUUCGGAAGGUGAAGAUCGAGAAACGUUUGACUUUAUUUUAUUUAGCCAACGAUGUCAUACAAUACAGUAAGAAAAAGAAUUACAAGUUUAUUGAUGGAUGGGCAACUGCUAUUCAAAAAGCUAUCCCCUAUGUGAGAGAUGAAAAAAUACAAUCUAAAAUUUCAAGAAUUAUUAAAAUUUGGGAAGAACGUGGUGUAUAUGAUGAUAGUUAUUUAGCUGAUUUAACUGGUUUAUUAACUACACCAAUUCAUAAAUUAAAAUUAGCUGAUCCUGUACAAGAAUUUCAAAUACAUGCAUUAGCGGUUAAAAUACGUUCUUGUGUUAAACUGGAACAGAUUACAGACUUGAAGAUGAAACAUUUAAGAGAAGCUAAUCUGCCUCUUACUAAUAAUGAAGCUAUACAGAACAUGUUAAAAGAUCGAACUCGAAGUCAUGAGUUCCUGAAUGAAUUAAAUGAUGGUAUGUCAAAAAUUGAAAGUUACAUUAAAUGCCUUAAACGAGAAACUAUUGAUCGUGCUCAACUAAUAGAUUCUUUAGAAGUUGCUACAUCUUAUUAUGAUGAACAAAAUGGCGAAGUUAAAACUGUUGCUCAAGCAUAUUUCAACUAUACUAAAAGAGUAAAACUUUUAAAGAGUAAAUUGGAAUCCUUGGUUGGUUCUAUGCCAACUGACAGUCCAAUGCCUUCACCUGAUAUUAAUGCACCGUCUCCUUCAACAUCUUCAGUGUCUAUUGAAGAUUUAAACAUACACAAUAUCAAUUAUGACACUGUAUUAAACUCUGAUAAAUAUAUGAUGAAUUCUUCAAUGGAAAACAGCAUUAAUGACACUGAUAUUUAUGUGCCCACUACAGUUAUCAAUAAUAUUAAGUCAUAUAUUACUCCUGAAACAUAUACUACUGUUCAAGAACUGUACGACCCAGCUUCUGUGAGUUUCCCAGCAGUAGAAAAUCAAGAUCAACAAUCAUUAACCAGCCAGUUUCCAUAUGAUGCUCCAUCACCGCCUCCUGAUGAAACUUUUGCAUACUCGGCAUUUCCCAAUCAAACAAAUGUAUCAUAUACUAAUGAUGUGAAUAACCAUAAUACAAGUAGUUAUGAAGCUUAUGUACCUACUCCAAUGUCAUCUAGUCAGCAAUUUAUAACGUCUGAAUUCUCUAAUAAUAUGGUACCUCCUACUAAUUCAUCAUCACUUAUAAAUGAAAAUACUAUAUCAGUUUCUCAUGUACCACAAACGGCUUGGGAAGUAACUGUAGAUAGUGAUUGGUCAACAAAUGACACACCAGCAUCACCGCCUUUUCAUGAGAAAAUCUCCUAUCAAAACACCCCCAUUAUCAGUAAAACUGACGGAGGGCCAGGAAUCGAUCACUGUGUGUUAGCAUCAAAAAUAAUAGAUAGAGAUGAACGAAUUUCUCAAGAAAUGAUAACUAAAACUUCUGAUAUUGACCACAGAAACUUAAUUAGUUUAACUCAUUCUCCUCAUAUGAAUUCAUCAGUGGUAUCUGUUGAUGUUGAUUACCGAGCAUUUCCUGGUAUUCCUAUGCCACCAUCACCACCUGCUUUGCUCAUGGAAGCAGUCAGUAAACCACCAAAAGAUAAUGUAGAAAGUGUUGAUAUGGAUUUGAGUGACGACGAUGAAAAGCCUAAAUCAAACCAUGAUCAAAAACAUCCUGUACUCUUACCUCCGCCACUUCCACCACCAAUGCCUUUUGGCUUUGACCAACAAAGUGUACCAGAUAUUACAAACCAAUGGGAACAACCUUCCCAACCAUGGAGUACUGAUAGACCUGGUUUUAAUGAAAGCCAAUGGAAUAUAGAUCAAUCUGAUCAAUGGAAACAUCCUAACCAGUGGGAACAAGAGCAGAGUGAUUCAAACUUUGUAAAUAAUCAACCUCAACUUCAGUGGCCUCAACAUGUUCAGAGAAACCAAUCCAAAGAAGAUUUUAGGCCAAAAUGGAAGAGAGGAGUUAGUAAUUGGCCAAGAGGCCCUAGAAAUUUCAUUCCACAUUCUAGACCUACUGGUAGAUGGAAUCAGGGGCCACGUUUUGGACCGAGGAAUCAACCUUGGUAACUGGACAUCUACAAUUUUGCCAAAAACGUGGAACUAUGAUUUUGACGAAGAAUGAGUAAUUGAAAGUGAGAUCAUUCAUUUAUAAUCUAUAUAAAUGUCUAGUUAAUUUUUACAUUUUUUAAUUAUUGUUUAAUGUAUAUUUGUGUUACCAGUGAUACAUUUGUAGUACUAUAUACAAGCAUAAUUUGGUGGAAAAGCUCAGCCAUCAGAAUACCUUGGUUAUUAUUUGACUCCCUUCUUUAAUUAUGUAUACUUAAUACAUGGCAUAUUUUUAUAUAUACAUGUUUAUAUUAUUUUGUAUUAAUUUACAUUACUAUGUAAAUCACUCAUUAUUGAUAAAAUUAAUAGUAAUUUCCAUCUAAGGAAAGUUCUUAAAUUGCGCCUCAAUAAUUAAUAUGAUGUACUAAUGAUUAAUGUACUUUUAAAUAUUGUUUAUGACUUUUAUUUCAUUGUCUUGUUAGUAUAACAUAAUAUUCAGUGUAUGAUUAUCUUACGGACAUUAUUGUUUAGUGUAUCCUGUUGCUUACGUAGGUAAUUUUGUUUUCAAAUUAUGAAAGUCAAAAAUAAUCAUUAAGCGUAAGUUGAAUAGCACCACUCAAAUAAUCAAUAUCAAGUCAGAUACUUAAUUAAUUAAUUUAAAAAACCUAACUUAAAUUAUUAUGAAGAUCAAUAUAUAACAGUUAAUCCCUACCUUCAUAAAUUGUAUUAUUAUCAUCUUAUAUGUUAUCUCCGUCUUAAUUAUAUAUCAAAUUUGCUUUCAGCAGAAAUACUCUUGUGUUGUUAGAUUUAAUAUUAGAGUCAUAUUAUCAAUCUUAAAGUUCAAUACAUUAUGUGUUUGCACAUGGCCUGUUUUUACAAUAUUUUAGUUUUUCCGUAGAAUAUGAGCAUUUUCAAUUUUUAAUAUUCUGUAUGAGUAUGUACUCAUAAAAUUUAACCUUAAUAAUGGCAAUUAAC